UACAUCUACUAACAAUAACCAUCUCAUGAUGGAUAGAAAAAUGUCACACCAUCUAUUAUUCUUGUUUAAAUUUCUGUUAAAAUCACUAAGUUACCCUCAGGGUCAGCAAAGGAAGAACAAGUGCCAAAAGUAUUUGAAAUAUGAAACCAUGGCAGAGAAGCACACAUCAGAAGAGCUACUAAACACAACUCUUGUGUUUGAAGCGGAAGGCGGGGUAUUAAGGUCAACUUCGCUCUUUCCUUACUUCAUGCUUGUGGCUUUUGAAGGUGGUGGUGUCUUGAGAGGGUUAGUGUUGUUCUUAUUUUACCCUUUGGUUUGUUUGUUUAGCACGGAUAUGGGGUUGAAGAUUAUGGUGUUUAUAUGCUUUUGUGGGAUAAAAAAGGAAAAGUUUUCGAUUGGAAGGACCGUUUUGCCAAAAUUCUUUAUGGAGGAUUUAGGGUUUGAAGGGUUUCAGGUGGUGAUGAGAUGUGGGAGAAAGGUGGGCUUGAGUGAAUUGCCUAUAGUUAUGGUUGAAGGGUUUUUGAUGGAUUAUUUGGGUGUUGAUCGUGUUCUUGGGAGAGAUUUAAAAGUAGUUUGUGGGUAUUUUGUAGGGUUGAUGGAGGAGGGGCCAUCAACAAGAUCAAGUUUCUUGAUAAAUGAUGUGUUUGGAGACAGAAAAAGUGAUAGUAAUCUCAUUGGUUUUGGUUGCUUCAACAAAACUCUUGAUCAUCAUAUUUUCUCUCAUUGCAAGGAGAUAUACAUAGUAUCCGAAGCAGAAAAGAGAAGAUGGAGAGCUCUCCCGAGAGAUAAUUACCCAAAACCAUUGAUUUUUCAUGAUGGAAGGAUCGCACUCAUGCCAACAUAUCUAAUAACAUUAGCAAUAAUCAUGUGGGUUCCAUUUGGGUUCUUGCUCACUAUUUUGAGGAUCAUAAUUGCAAUAUCUUUUCCAUACACCAUGUCUAUCCCUAUCUUGUCAUACACAGGGAUGAGAGGUAGAACAUAUAUAUGUUCAAACUAUACCAUCAAUGUUGACAAAAUCAGAGAAUAUCCAAUCAAAAGCGAAGGCAAGAAAAAAGGCACGUUAUAUGUGUGCAAUCAUAGAACAUUACUUGAUCCAAUCUAUAUAUCAAUGGCAAUAAUGAAGCCUGUCACAACUGUUACAUAUAGCUUGAGCCGAUUAUCAGAACUCUUGGCACCAUUAAAGACUUCUCAUUUGAGUAGGAACAAAGAGAAAGACUCAAAGAUGAUGGAGAUGUUACUUAACCAAAGUGACCUUGUGGUUUGCCCUGAAGGGACUACUUGUAGGGAACCCUAUGUGCUUCGAUUUAGCCCUUUAUUUGCUGAAAUGAGCAAUGAAAUCAUCCCUGUUGCUUUAGAUGCUAAAGUCGAUAUGUUUUAUGGGACAACUGCAAGCGGUUUCAAAUUUUUGGACCCUUUGUUCUUUCUUUUGAAUCCAAUUGGAAUUUACCAUGUCAUGAUUCUUGAGAAGUGGACAAGUGCAAAUACAUGUGGGAAAUCGAGUAUCGAAAUUGCUAAUCAGGUUCAGAGACAAAUUGCGGAUGCAUUAGGGUUUCAAUGUACGAAUCUUACAAGAAGAGACAAGUACAUGAUCUUGGCAGGAAAUGAAGGUGUUAUUUAGAAUUAUAGAAUAUAUCAACUUUUGAUGUAUAAUGUAUAAUUCACAAUUUAAGUAUUUUUUAUACAAUUGUAACCCGACAUAUGUGCAUGAGUGAAAAAAGAGUUAUUGAUAUUAAAAAUGCAAGUAUUUAAUAUACAUCAAAGCAUACUAAAUGGUCCA